AUGUACUUCUUCCUCAGCCACUUGGCCCUCACUGACGUCUCCUUCUCCUCUGUCACUGUCCCUAAGAUGCUCAUGAACAUGCAGACUUGGCAACAAUCCAUCUCCUAUGAGGGAUGCAUUUCUCAGUUAUACUUUUUCAUACUUUUUGGUUAUCUUGACAACUUCCUUCUGGCUGUGAUGGCAUAUGACAGGUAUGUGGCCAUCUGUCACCCUCUGCACUACUCCACAAUCAUGAGUCAGGCACUGUGCAUGUUGCUGGUGGCUGGCUCCUGGAUGGUUACCUGUGUCCAUGCUCUUAUUCAUACCCUCCUCUUGGUCCGACUGUCCUUCUGUGCUGACAAUAUCAUCACCCACUUCUUCUGUGAGCUCACAGCACUCCUGAAGCUGAGCUGCUCAGACAUCUCCCUCAAUAAUCUGGUCAUCUUCACCGAAGGAGGAAUGCUUUACUUCCUGCCAUUGAGCAUUGUUUUGGGCUCAUACAUGCGUAUAGCAACUAUCAUCCUGAGGGUGCCCUCCGCUAAGAGACUCUCUAAAGCCUUUUCUACCUGUGGCUCCCAUCUCUCUGUGGUGUCUUUAUAUUACGGGACACUUGCUGGUAUUUACUUUUUCUCCUCAUCAUGGGGUUCCAAGGACAUAAUUGCUUCUGUCAUGUAUACGGUAGUUACCCCCAUGCUGAACCCCUUCAUCUAUAGCCUGAGGAGCAGAGAUAUAAAACAGGCCUUAGAGAUGUGUAUGAAUAGGUUUAACUUUUUAAAGUGGCAAUCACUAAAUCCUCUUGUUGCAGUCAGGAGCACAAGGAGAUAG